AUGAUCGGACUUCGAGCACAGAGCAAACAUAAAGUUGUAGGACUUCAACCGAUGAUGGAAUGGGCUUCAAGCUCUGCAGAUUGCAGAGUGGUGUUAAGCCCGCUUGAAUGUUCGAUGACUAGUUCUCGUUCGCGGUGGCGCUCGGCCCCCGCCCCUCCCCCGCCAAAACUCGUCAAACAUUCAACUCUUUGGUCGCGCGCGCACUCCCGGCGAUCGGUCCGCCCCACCCGUCCAAAUUCCGUCAUUCUGCCGAGAGAUGAUAUAAAGAGUUCGGUGUUUGGUGUGUUGUAG